AUGCUUGAGCCUUCGCAGCCUCAAGCUGGUAAACCGUAUCCGUCAAAUAACCCAAGCCAGCAGGAUCCAUUCAUGCCGCAACUUGGAUCAAGUAAUUACGUGCAAUACAGUCCCAUGGGCUCUCAACAGCAAGUGCCACCGCAAGGGAUGCAGCAACCAGUGCAACAGGUACCUGUCAAUGACUCUGUUUACAAGGGAGUGCACCCAAUUGCAGCAUUUUUUCAUAUCUUUUUCAAGAUAGUUGCACUACUUACAUUCAUUCUGGGUGGUAUCUUCAGCUCUAACCCCAUUUUGAUAUUUGUCAUUACGAUUCUGUUCGUGGCGGCGGAUUUCUGGACGACCAAAAAUGUCAGUGGUCGCCUCCUUGUGUCACUUCGCUGGUGGAAUGAAGUGCAUGAGGACGGCACCUCCAAAUGGGUAUUUGAAAGUUCCCCCGAUGUUGAGCAAUGCGUUCAUCCCUUUGACAAGUGGUUCUUUUGGGCCACGACUGUCGGUUAUGUUGCUAUAUGGUUGCUGCUUGUCUUAUUUAACUUAAUGUCCCUGUCACGACUUCCGAUGGCUCUGUUUGGCGCCGUGCUUGCAGGAUCUAAUAUGGUUGGUUUCCUGAAGUGUAGCCAGGACGCCAAAAAGAAAAUUACACAAUACAUGGUUUCUCAAGCCGUUGGCCGUGUAUAG